AAACUCAGCUUCUUCAUCAUCGUGACUAAAUUUCUAGGGUUUUGAAGAGUCUCUCUCGUCGCCGUUUGUUAUUCCUCUGUGAGCAAAUCGACGAAAUGGGUCACUCUAAUGUAUGGAACUCUCAUCCGAAGAAGUACGGUCCUGGAUCUCGUUUAUGCCGUGUGUGCGGGAACUCGCACGGUCUGAUCCGGAAGUAUGGUUUGAACUGCUGCAGACAGUGUUUCCGUAGCAACGCUAAGGAGAUUGGAUUCAUUAAGUACCGUUAAUCAAGCACCAACUUCAUGAUUGAUGCUUAAUGAUAUAAACAUGAAGGCGUCGAUGGGUAUGGCUUUUAAGCUUUUGUAGUUUUUGAAAUUUUUACUUUUGAGAACCAUUGUUAUUUUGGGAGUUAAUUAAGUUGUUGAACCUCAUUAAGCAUGUCUUAUUUUGGAUUAAUGAUGUUUUGGCUAUUCUCGUAUUUUUGUUUUAUCAGUCAAAUUUGACUAAGAAGAAUUUGCUUGUUAUUAGCUAUCACAAGAGUCUACCAAAAUCCCAUUUGAUUAAUGCGUCUCCAAUCCAAGUAAACGAGUGUCCAAUCUUCACGGGCUAAUUGUAGGGAAAUACACAAACUAGCCCUUACAAUCCAUCCAGCUCCUAUGUUUUUUGAUGGAUGAUUGCUUAAGGCUGCGACUGAAGUAAACAAGAUAGCAACAAAUAUGAAAAUCUAGAGAAGAGUCGAUGACUUCAAAACCGAACGGUAACAAAGCAAAAACACCUUAGAUCAUUUCUUAAAUUGCAAAUAGCUGAAACGCAAUAAAACAAUCAUAACGAAAAUGAAAUGCUUCA